AUGGCGGACGUGGAUUCCGGCUCCGAGCCGAAUCAUCUUUCCGACUCGCCCGACCCUGAGAAGGCCCCCGUUGAUGCCUCCGCCGAAGCUCCCCCGGUUUUGCCAGACGACAGGCCAGCCUUGACCGAACAAACAGAAUGGCAGGAGGUCAGGGAAGAGGCUGUGGAGAAGCAAGAAGGACAUGCUUUGCCUAAUAAUGAAGAAGAGAAUUAUGGCAAGCCGGAGGUUCCUCCAAAAGAUGAUGAGGAGCAAACCCCCGACGAGCCUGAACAACAAAAGGCAGAUGCACCGCCUACAAUCCAGGAACCGGAGCCUACAGAAGACAAUGUGCCAGAGAGCCGAAUGCGAUCCGAUUCGAGGUCUACAACGGCCACCUUCACAACGCAACGGUCUGGCGCAGUUAGCUCGACUGUUUUCAUCGUGACCGCACUCGAUACCAUUGGGGCCUCGCGGGAGGCGCGGAAGAGCAAAGAGCUGGAAGAUGCGGUGCAAGUGGCGCUUUCAAGCGUCAGGUCUACGGACGGGCAGCCGAUUGACCCUGAGCUCAUCUUUCGCCCGCUACACCUGGCCAGCAAGACCCUCAGCGUUCCGCUCCAGGUGACCGCGUUGGACUGCAUUGGAAAAUUGAUCACAUACUCCUAUUUUGCCUUCCCAUCUGCCGAGUCUGAAAAUGAAGCAACCCCCGAAAAGCCGCCCUUGAUCGAGCGUGCCAUCGAUGCGAUUUGCGACUGUUUUGAGAACGAAGCCACCCCAAAUGAAAUCCAGCAGCAGAUUAUCAAAUCCCUGCUGGCAGCGGUGUUGAACGACCGGGUCGUGGUACAUGGAGCUGGUCUCCUGAAAGCCGUCCGGCAGAUCUACAACAUCUUCAUAUACUCCAAGUCGAGCCAGAAUCAGCAGAUCGCCCAGGGUUCCCUCACCCAGAUGGUGAGCACGGUUUUUGACCGUGUUCGGGUUCGGCUGGACCUCAAGGAACUUCGGACUCAUGAAGUUGACAAAUCUGGCUCUGGUCUGGAUGCAUCUGCCAGUGAUGUAGGUCAAAUGUCGGAGGCUGCCUCUGUGUCUGUAGCCGACCAGCCAGUCACCAAGGAGCCUAACAGCGAAAAGCUCACCCUGCAAAGCUUUGAGUCGCCUAAGGAGGUUACUACUGUCAACGAUAAUGUGCCGACCACUGUUACUCGAGCCAAAUUGUCGCGCAAUACCCGCUCAAUAUCCGGCAUCCCGGAAGAGAGGGAUGAUGACAACUCCGCUGAGGACGAGGUGGAUGAGGUUUACGUCAAGGACUCAUUCUUGGUCUUCCGAGCUCUCUGCAAGCUGAGCCACAAAGUUCUCGGCCAUGAUCAGCAGCAGGACAUUAAAUCUCAAAACAUGCGGUCCAAAGUACUGUCGCUGCACCUCAUUCACUAUCUCAUCAAUAAUCAUAUCAACACCUUCACUUCUCCGCUCGCAGCGAUCAAGAACAGCUCCACCAGCACCGAGGCAAUGACACUUCUUCAGGCCGUGCGACCUCAUCUCUGUCUGAGUUUGAGUCGCAAUGGCUCGAGCGCGGUGCCUCAAGUGUUCAAGGUCUGCUGUGAGAUCUUUUGGCUGAUGCUCAAGGACAUGCGAGUCAUGAUGAAGAAGGAGCUGGAGGUGUUUAUGAAGGAGAUUUACUUGGCAAUUCUCGAAAAGCGAGCCGCGCCCUCGUUCCAGAAGCAGUAUUUCAUGGAAGUUCUGGAGAGAUUGGGUAGCGAUCCACGAGCAUUGGUUGAAAUCUAUCUCAACUACGAUUGUGACCGAACUGCCUUGGAGAAUAUCUUCCAAAAUAUCAUUGAACAGCUCUCGCGCUAUGCAAGCGUGCCAGUUGUUACCUCAUUAUCCCAGCAGCACCACUUCCUGGAGCAUCACACCAAGAUGUCCAGUAUUGGGGCCGAAUGGCAUCAUCGUGGGACACUUCCUCCUUCGCUGACGACCGCCAAUAUCACACCCCAUCCUCAACCGGCCGCCCCGAUUAUUCCCCCUGAUUAUAUUCUGAAGCAGCAGGCUUUGGAAUCUCUCGUGGAGGUUUUGCGCUCCUUGGACAACUGGGGUGCACAGCGUGAUGACCAGCCUAUACAGACAGCUGAUCCAUCCAAGUCAAUGGAUAAUUCGCGCGAGUCUCUGGACAACAGUAUCAUCGCCUCGCCGCGCCCAGAAGCCCUUGAUACGGGCCGGUCCACCCCUCUUCCUGAUGAUGAUCCCAACCAGAUGGAAAAGGUCAAGCAGCGGAAGAUUGCCCUAAUGAACGCCACUCAGCAGUUCAACUUCAAGCCCAAGCGCGGUAUCAAGCUUUUCCUUCAGGAUGGAUUUAUCCGAUCGGAUGCUCCUGAUGACAUUGCCGCCUUUUUGCUACGCAAUGAUCGCCUGGAUAAGGCCAUGCUUGGUGAAUACCUGGGUGAGGGUGAGCCUGAGAAUAUUGCCAUCAUGCACUCCUUCGUGGACGCUAUGGAAUUUACCAAGCGACGCUUCGUUGAAUCUCUCCGCUCAUUCCUGCAGCACUUCCGACUACCCGGAGAAGCUCAGAAAAUUGAUCGAUUCAUGCUCAAGUUUGCCGAGCGAUACACUACUCAGAACCCCAAUGCCUUCGCCAAUGCGGACACCGCCUAUGUCCUUGCGUAUUCGGUAAUUAUGCUGAAUACUGAUCAGCACAGUGCCAAGAUCAAGGGCCCUCGCAUGACCAAGGAAGAUUUCAUUAAGAACAACCGCGGUAUCAACGAUAGCCAAGACCUGCCACCCGAGUACCUUGUGUCCAUUUUUGAAGAAAUUGCAAAGAACGAGAUCGUCUUGGACACGGAGCGGGAACAUGCCGCGAACAUUGGUAUUCAACCCUCUACCUCCACCGGACUAGCGACUCGCGCCGGACAGGUUUUUGCGACCGUUGGUCGUGAUAUCCAGGGUGAGAAGUACGCCCAGGCAUCCGAAGAAAUGGCCAACAAGACGGAGCAACUGUAUCGUUCCCUCAUUCGGGCCCAGCGCAAGACGGCAGUCCGCGAUGCUCUCUCCCGUUUCAUUCCUGCCACCUCCGUUCGGCACGUUGGUUCGAUGUUCAAUGUUACUUGGAUGUCCUUCUUGUCAGGAUUGUCUGCUCCAAUGCAAGACACUCAGAAUAUCGAGACCAUUCGACUUUGCAUGGAAGGUUUGAAGUUGUCGAUCCGCAUCAGCUGUGCAUUUGAUUUGGAGACUCCCCGGGUCGCUUUCGUCACAGCCCUUGCCAAAUUCACUAACCUUGGGAACGUCCGGGAAAUGCAGGCUAAGAAUUUUGAGGCUCUGAAGUCGCUACUCGAUGUUGCGCGCACUGAGGGUAACCAUCUUCGCACCUCAUGGCGUGAGAUCUUGACUUGUGUCAGCCAGCUUGAUCGGUUGCAGCUUUUGAGCGACGGCGUUGAUGAAGGCUCGCUGCCCGAUGUCUCACGCGCUCCCUCGACACUUGAUUCUCCUCGGAAGUCCAUGCAGAGCACGCGCCGAUCUCGCCCGCGCUCAAUGAAUGGCCCGACAGCCUUCCGUGCAGAGGUUGCCCAGGAAAGUCGGUCCGCCGAUAUGGUUCGUGGUGUGGAUCGGAUCUUCACCAAUACUGCAAACUUGUCGCCUGAGGCCAUUAUUGACUUUGUGCGGGCACUGAGCGAAGUUAGCUGGCAGGAGAUUCAGUCCUCUGGACAUAGUGACUCCCCGCGGACGUAUAGUUUGCAGAAGUUGGUCGAGAUCAGUUACUACAACAUGACUCGUGUCCGUAUCGAGUGGUCGAAGAUCUGGGAGGUGCUGGGUCAGCACUUCAACCAGGUUGGCUGUCACUCCAACACCACCGUGGUGUUCUUUGCCUUGGACUCGCUCCGACAGCUGUCCAUGCGAUUCAUGGAGAUUGGUGAAUUGCCUGGCUUCAAGUUCCAAAAGGACUUCCUCAAGCCCUUCGAGCACGUCAUGGCGAACAGCACCACUGCUGCCGUCAAGGACAUGAUUCUUCGUUGUCUGAUCCAGAUGGUCCAGGCUCGUGGUGACAACAUUCGAUCUGGAUGGAAGACUAUGUUUGGUGUCUUCACUGUGGCAGCUCGGGAGCCGUAUGAGGGAAUUGUGAACAUGGCGUUUGAUCAUGUUACCCAAAUCUAUAACGAGCGAUUUGGUGUCGUUAUUACCCAGGGUGCUUUUGCCGAUCUCAUUGUCUGCCUCACCGAGUUCUCCAAGAACUCCAAGUUCCAGAAGAAGUCGUUGCAGGCCAUUGAGCUUCUUAAGUCAACCGUCACCAAGAUGCUACGCACUCCAGAGUGCCCGCUCUCCCACCGGGGCGAUUCUGCGCCCAAGCUUCCUGAAGAAGGAACAAAUCUGGCGAAGCAACUCACUCGCCAGUCAAAGGAGGAGCAAUUCUGGUAUCCAAUUCUUAUCGCUUUCCAGGAUGUGCUGAUGACCGGUGAUGACUUGGAAGUUCGAUCUCGGGCCCUCACAUACCUCUUCGAGACCCUGAUCCGCCAUGGCGGGGACUUCCCGCGGGACUUCUGGGAUGUUCUUUGGCGUCAACUGCUCUGUCCCAUCUUUGUGGUUCUGCAGUCCAAGUCCGAGAUGUCCAAGGUCCCCAAUCAUGAGGAUCUUUCGGUCUGGCUGUCGACCACCAUGAUCCAAGCUCUGCGGAAUAUGAUCACUCUGUUUACCCACUACUUCGAUGCUUUGGAGUACAUGCUGGGCCGCUUCCUGGAGCUGCUUACUCUCUGUAUCUGUCAAGAAAACGACACGAUCGCACGAAUUGGUAGCAACUGCUUGCAGCAACUGAUCUUGCAAAAUGUCUCCAAGUUCCGUGAGGAGCACUGGAUUCAGAUUGUCGGGGCCUUUGUGGAGCUCUUCAGCAAAACCACUGCUUACGAAUUAUUCACAGCAGCGUCCUCUGUAUCCAAGUUGACAGACUCCGUAUCUAUCAAUGGAGAUAUCGCCCAGGCUUCUGAGGCCGCUACCGAAAUUUCGUCCGAGUUACCCGAGGCCCUGCAGCCCAAUGGAUCGCAGAGCACCACCACACUCGCGGACAGCGGUGACCCGCCUGCACAGAGUGAAGCUCGUGCGGAGCUUGAGGACUACCGCCCCCAGGCCGAUUCUCAACAACAGUCCGCUGCAGUAACAGUGGCCCGACGUCGCUUCUUUAACCGCAUCAUCACCAACUGCGUUUUGCAACUUUUGAUGAUCGAGACCGUCCAUGAACUUUUUUCCAACGACAAUGUUUAUGCGCAGAUUCCUAGUCACGAGCUUCUGCGUCUGAUGGGUCUUUUGAAGAAGAGCUACCAGUUUGCCAAGAAGUUCAACGAAGACAAGGACCUGCGCAUGCAGCUGUGGCGCCAGGGCUUCAUGAAGCAGCCUCCUAACCUGCUCAAGCAGGAGAGCGGCAGUGCUGCCACUUACGUGCACAUUCUCUUCCGCAUGUAUCACGAUGAGCGAGAAGAGCGACAGAGCAGUCGUGCCGAAACCGAGGCAGCUCUCAUUCCCCUCUGUGCGGAUAUCAUUCGCAGCUUCGUCCGUCUCGACGAAGAGACCCAAAAUCGUAACAUUGUGGCCUGGCGACCGGUCGUGGUUGAUGUUAUCGACGGAUAUAACAACUUCCCCCAGGACGGCUUUGACAAGCACAUCGAGACCUUCUAUCCAUUAGGGGUGGAGCUUCUUAGCCGCGAUCUCAACUCGGAGAUCCGCGUUGCACUGCAGUCUCUGCUGCGUCGGAUCGGCGAAGUCCGCCUAGGUGUGUCUCCGCCCAACCCACUGGAUGCUCCGAUUAGUCCGCGGAGCUCCGUGUCGCAAAAGGGGUCGCGCCGCGAUAGCCAGCUUUCAUCUUGA